CCACCGCGAUCUUCGGUGUUUGAAUUUAAAUUCCAUUUGGGCAAUGAAAUCAUGUGCAUUGGCAAACACGCUGUAAUCUCAUUGAUAAGCUCAUGAAUGAAGAAGUUGCUCUCCCUUAUUUGGAGCUCACCUAUUACUUUGCUUGGGCUGGAAGCAACCCAUUGCCGAGCAAUCAAAUUAGGGUCCAUUGCAGACCUUUAUAUCGCCAAUAACAUUAUUACUGCCUAUGCAAAAUGCACACAGUUAACUCUUGCUCACCAACUGUUCGAUCAAAUGCCCCACAGAGAUACUGUGUCUUGGAACGCCAUGAUUUCCGGUUAUGCAAACUCCGGCCACCUGGAAGCAUCAUGGCAAGUCCUUAGUGCCAUGAGAAGGUCUGCACUUCCUCUUGAUGGCCAAGCGUUUGGAAGCAUUCUUAAAGGUGUUGCCCGUGCUCGCGAGCUCGAGCUCGGGAAACAAUUGCAUUCUGUUAUGUUCAAGAUUGGGUUUUUAGGGAAUGUGUUUUCUGGUAGUGCCCUUCUGGACAUGUAUGCCAAGUGUGGGAGAGUUGAUGAAGCGUAUAAUGUGUUCUGGUGCUUGCCGGUACGAAAUUUUGUGUCGUGGAAUGCGCUUAUUGCUGGUUAUUCGCGAGUUGGUGAUUGUGAUAUGGCGUUUUGGGUACUAAGAUGUAUGGAAAUGGAGGGUGUUGGGAUUGAUGAUGGUACAAUGUCUCCGCUUUUGACAUUGCUUGAUGAUUUUGAGUUUUAUAGGUUGUUAAUGCAGUUGCAUUGUAAAAUUGUGAAGCAUGGGCUGGAUUUAUUUAACACUGUCUGCAAUGCAACUAUCACGGCAUAUUCAGAAUGUUGUUCUCUGCAAGAUGCCGAGAGAGUAUUUGAUGGUGCUGUUAGGUGUCAUGAUCUUGUUACUUGGAAUUCUAUGCUUGCUGCUUACUUGAUGCAUGAGAAAGAAGAUCUUGCAUUUAAAGUUUUCAUUGAUAUGCAAGAUUUUGGGUUUGAGCCUGAUGUUUAUACUUAUACAGGGAUUGUUAGCUCUUGUUCUGUACAAGAGCAUAAAAGCCAUGGAAAAUCUUUGCAUGGUUUUGUAAUAAAAAGGGGACUUGAAGAUUCUGUACCUAUUUCGAAUGCUUUAAUUGCCAUGUAUCUCAGAUGUAAUAAUAGGUGCAUGGAAGAUGCAUUAAGAAUCUUCUUUUCCUUGGAUCACAAAGAUUGUUGCACUUGGAACUCCAUUUUGGCAGGGUACGCACAAGUUGGUUUGAGUGAAGAUGCCUUGAGGUUAUUUUUACAGAUGAGAUUUCUGGUCAUAGAAAUCGACCACUAUACUUUUUCAGCUGUAAUCAGAUCGUGCUCAGAUUUAGCAACACUACAACUAGGUCAACAAGUUCAUGUCUUGUCACUUAAAGUAGGCUUUGAUACCAAUAAAUAUGUCGAGAGUUCAUUGAUCUUCAUGUAUUCUAAAUGUGGAAUCAUAGAAGAUGCUAGGAAAUCUUUUGAAGCAACUUCUAAAGACAAUGCAAUUGUUUGGAACUCAAUCAUAUUUGGGUAUGCACAACAUGGGCUAGGAAACGUUGCACUUGACCUCUUUUACUUAAUGAGAGAGAGAAAGGUGAGACCUGAUCAUAUAACCCUUGUUGCAGUUCUAACUGCAUGUAGUCAUAAUGGGCUAGUGGAACAAGGCUGCAACUUUAUAGAGUCUAUGGAGUCUAAUUUUGGUAUUCCACCUCGAAUGGAGCACUAUGCUUGUGCAAUUGAUCUUUAUGGUCGAGCUGGUUAUCUAGAGAAGGCAAAAGCUUUGGUUGAAACAAUGCCUUUUGAACCCGACACAAUGGUUUUGAAGACUUUAUUAGGUGCUUGUAGAACUUGUGGUGAUAUUGAUUUAGCUAGUCAUGUAGCUAGAACUUUGCUAGAGCUGGAGCCUGAGGAGCACUGCACUUAUGUUCUACUCUCUGACAUGUAUGGGCGUCUCAAGAUGUGGGAUGAAAAGGCUAGUGUAACAAGGCUGAUGCGAGAAAGGGGAGUGAAGAAGGUUCCUGGUUGGAGUUGGAUAGAAGUGAAAAAUAAAGUGCAUGCUUUCAAUGCUGAAGAUAAAUCACAUCCCCAAUGCCAAGAGAUAUACGUAAUACUACAACAAUUAAAGGAGGGAAUCAUUUUAUUUGAUAAUGAUGUUAAUAAAACGGUCUUACUGCAAUGUUUGGAUAAUCUAGAUGGUUAUGAUGAUCAAAAGUUCUUAUGAUUCUUACAGAGAAAUAGAAAUAUAAUGUUGUAGGAAAGUUGUUAAG